CUGCCCUAAUCCUAACCCUAGCUGUAACCUUAAUCUUAGACCUAACCAUAGCACUAAUCUGAGCCAUAGCUCUAGCCCUAACACUCACCGAAAUCCUAAACCCAACAUUAACUCCAACACCAACCCCAAACCCAACCCUAACCCUAACCCAAACCAUAGCUCUGGUACUAACCUUAGCCCUAAACCUAGCACUAUCCGCAACCCUAACCCUAACACUAGCCUUAUCACUAACCUUAACCAUAACCCUAACCCACACCCUAGCCUUAAACCUAAUCCUAGCCCUACCCCUUACCCUACCCCUGACCCUAAACAUAACACUAACCUUAAACUCAACCCAAAACCUAACACUAACACUAGCUCUAGCCCUAUCCCUAACCAUAAUCAUAACCCUAGCACUAGCCCUGUCCUUAAGCCCAGCCCUAGCCCUAGCUCUAGCUAUAAUUCUAAUCCAAACACUAACCCUAAACCUACCCGUAAUGCUAACCCUAACACUAACACUAACCCUAGCGCUAACCCUAAAGCUUACCCUAACCAUAACACUAAUACUAAACAUAAGCCUAACACUAGCCCUAAACCUAACCCUAAACCUAGCUGUAGCCGUAAUCCAAACCGUAAUCCUAAUCCCAGCCUCAAUCUCCACGCCAACUCCAACCCCAACCAUAACCCUAAUCCUAAACCUAGCCACCGCGGGAGUCCAGCGCGCUCAGCGGAACUCCAUCUCUGGGCCCGUGCAGAGUGCCCGGCCAGGACCCAAGCUCGGUUUCAGGGCGGCCGCUGCAAGGUCGGCCAUGGCAACCGCGGAAGUCUAGGCGGCCGAGGGGGACUCCGCCUCUGGACCCUGUGGCAUACUGGGCCGAGACCCAGGCUCUGGUCACGAGCGGCCGUGGCAACUCCGGCCCCGGGCAACCGUGGAAGUCCCGCCAGCCCGCGGGCACUCUGUCUCCUGGCAGGUCUGGCCAUCGGGCAACUCUCCGGCUUAGCUGGGAACCGGGCUCCAGUCGCGGUCGUCAGUGGACUCCGUGCCUGGAGCAGCCGUGGUCGACAGGCCGGCUCGGCUGGGACCCAGGCUCUUGUGCCUGGCAGAAGUGGCAACUCCGGCCCGGGGCAGCCACAGAAGAACCGCCCGCCCGCGGUGCCUACCAUCUCCCGGGAAGGGAGACCGAAAUCAACCAGCAGGACUGGCCGGGUCCCAGGUUCCGGUCCCGGCCUGCCGCGGCAACUCUGGGCAGGGCCUGGUGGGACUCUGUUUCGGCUCGUGUCUAUCAGGCUCCACCAGCCGCUCUGGCCUGGGCUCAGGGGAUCCGUCCAGGGCAGCCACGGGAUCUCUGUGCUGGGGCAGCCGUUAAAGUCCAGCAGGCCAGGUGAUACUCCGUCUCCUCCUCCGGGUGCCCGGGGUCGACCAGCUGACCUGCCGGGAUCCAAAUUCCGGUCCCGUUUGGCAGCUGUAACUCUGGGCCGGUGA